AUGUUCUACAGUCACGAAAUUUUCUUAGUCCUCACCUCGCCCGAACAUGGCGUCGCCACCAUCUGGCUUGUUGCAACCCUGGGCUCACGCUCCAUCGCCAGACGACUGAACCGCAAGGCCAUCCUGGAGGUGGACGUCCCAAAUGCCUGUAAGGUCAUCACAAACCCAGAUGCACCCAUGGCAUUGCGACUACAGGGGAGCUUGCUAUACGGCGUCUCCCGAGUCUACAGCCAACAAUGCGGCUACAUCCUCCUAGACACACAGACCACGCAUGAUAACAUGUUCGCCCAGCUGAAGAUCAUAGCAGGAGGUGGACUUGAUCCUACGGCCGGCCAGACUAAGCCAGGCAACCUCAUCCUCCCCUACGACCCAGCAUUCCUCCCCGAAACAGGUCUGCCUGGUCUGGACGUCGACCUCUCAAUCCUGAACGGCACAUUUGAAGACCCCUCAACCCAGCUCAGUGAUCUGUGGCUCAAAUCGCCCAAUAACAGCUCCUCGGGCGUUUCGCCUGCGGGUAGUUUGCAGAUUGAAUUGCCAUCUGAAGAUAUGCUCGGAGAGGAGACACUAAUCCGUCUUGAUGAUGCCUAUGGUUCUGCGCAGAAGAAGUAUGUUUUCGGUCAGAUUGCUGGUCUGGGACUCGGGAAUGAUAAGAGCGGUCUCCUUCAGGCUGACUUUGAGUUUGAUGAGGACGGGAAUCUUGUUGAGCUUGGUUUGGGAGGAGGUUCGGCUCAGCCAGGUCUAAAGUCGACUGUCGGUCCUGCCAGGAGUGAAGAUCCUGGUAUGGAACUGGGCUGGGAUGAAGAUCGGCUUGAUACCGAGUUGCCGGUCUUUGCCGGAAAUGAGAAUACGAUGGAGCUGGAUACUCAGACUGGUACAGCCAACAUUUUCCAAGAAGUGGAGGACCGUGGUCAGACCGAGCAGAUGAUUGACAUCCCAGCCGUGGGAGCUCGACAGAUUCGGCGCCCGAAGGACAUCACCAUCGAUGAAAAUACCGCACUUAGGAAUGCGACGAUGGCGGAGUGGAAUAACGAAUAUAUUUCGAAUAUGGCUCGAGCCAUGAAGCAAAAGUUGCAGAACAGGCAAUCAACACUGGCCAAGAAGAACGCCGCAUUCUGGGUCUGCGGUCAGGGAAUCGGAUCCGUGGGCGUCAAACUGUGCAUGUGGAAUGAACUUCAUCCUCUUAGUCUGUACUCCGGCGAACGCCUCUUCGACGCCAUUAGUGGAUACCCGAAACAUAACGGACACAAGCGCGCUCACGAUGAAGAUGCUGAGCAGGGAAGGCGAGUUCGCAGUAAGGAAAAUGAACAAGCGAAGCGUCUAAGCCGCGCGAACAUCGACCGUCUCAACAUGGAUGUUGAAAUGGGUCGUGAUGCACCCUCAAGUCUUUUCGACGACCAUUCAUCCCAGAUGCCAUGGAACAUCACUGUUUCAAUCCAAAGCUCCCGCAACGGAUACCGAUACGGUAGUGUCAGCGAGCUAUCGUCUCAAGCUCGCAAUGGCUCCGUUGGCCCCAAACCCCGAAGACGGAAUCGUCUCACCAGUGCCAGUCCCCUCGCCGGCCAUGACUACCGCGCCGGACAGGAGCGACUCAGCAGCACGGACAUAUUAGGUGAUUUUGGCGAUGAUCUCGAUCUCACCAUGUACCUGGAAGGCGAGCUUGCAACAGACCGCGAGACGAUCGGGUCUAUCACUUCGCGUCGGAAUGCUGCGUCGAAGCGUGCCACCUUGAACCUUGAUCGUGAGAGCUUGAAUUUCUAUGAUUUCAUCAAGAGUAAGCUGGAGACUUCACAUGAGGAUGAGGAUGAAGGAAGUAUCAGGGGAAGUCACGGUAGUACCUUUUCCGGUACUCUCUCGACAAAGACUGGUCAAACGACAUUUGCAACUCUCCUUCCGGUUUCGAGAACGACGCGCGCUGUCGCGACUCAGGGAUUGAUGAAUGUUCUCACGCUUGCUACUAAGGGCGUGCUUGAUGUUCACCAGGGCCAGUAUGUCGAUGUGAGCACUGAUGGUCUGGGUGUGUGCUAUUGCUACGGAGAGAUCAUCCUGCAUCUUUCUGGAAUGUAA